GGCAAAGCCUUUAAAUGGUUCUCAAUCCUUACUAGACAUAAGAGAAUUCAUACUGGAGAGAAACUUUAUAUUUGUAAAGGGUGUGGUAAAGCCUUUAAACAGGCCUCAGUCCUUAUUGGACAUAAGAAAAUUCAUACUGGAGAGAAACCCCACAAAUGUGAAGAGUGUGGCAAAGCCUUUAAGUGGUUGUCAUGCCUUACUAGACAUAAGAGGAGUCAUACUGAAGAGAAACCCUGUACUUGUGACGAAUGUGGCAAAGCCUUUAAAUACUCUUCAAACCUCAAUGAACAUAGGAAAAUUCAUACUGUAGAUAAACCCUACAAAUGUGAAGAAUGUGGGAAAGCCUUUAAGUGUCACUCAUCUGUUACUGAUCAUAAGAGAAUUCAUACUGGAGAGAGACCUUACAAAUGUAAAGAAUGUGAUAAAAUCUUUAACUGGGCCUCCAGCCUUCUAAAGCAUAAGAGAAUUCAUACUGGAAGGAUAUCUUACAAAUGUGAAGAAUGUGGCAAAGCCUUUACGUCUUGCUCAAGCCUUUCUAAUCAUAAGAUACUUCAUACUUGA